GUCACCUGAGGAAUGCCAGCGCAGGGAGUCAUGGUCAUUUUCAAAACUCAUGGAACCCUGGCGUUCACCAUGCCAGAAAUUCGUUUCCAGUCCCAUGUGCUUGAAAAGCAGUCCCUGAGGAAAGUGACUUCGGGAGUGGAUCCCAAAUGCAGCCCCUCCUUACGCAGGGGAGGAAGAGUGAUGGAAAUGGAAUCGUACAGUCCAGACAAAUCUCAAGGCAGCUGGGAAAUGCUCCUGAGAUCUUCCGAACUUGGUGAGUGCUACAGAAUCACCUCAACCUACCCAGAAAAUGCCAGGCUAUUUAACAAGCAGUCUAGAUGCUGCCUCUAAAAGUUGAACCAUUUAUGUCUUUUUUUUAAACGGAUUUCUCAUUUCUUGAUAAAUAAUUGAAAUGUGUUAAAAAUUUAAUC